AUGACUCUGACCACGAUUCGAAGGCCGGUACGAAUUGAGGAGCGAUGCACGGGCGUCCGCGCCACGACCCCCGGCGGAAGGACGCUGCGGCGGCGGCGGAGAAGGCAGCUCGCCUCCGUGAACUCCAGGCUCAACUGCUGCACAAUCACCACAACCGCAUAUACACCGACGAGGCAAUUGAUUCGUCCUCAAAGCUUUUAGAGGUCAAUCCCGAAGUCUACACCGCUUGGAACUAUCGGAAGCUCGCUCUGCAGCACAACCUCGAUGGCGUCAACGAUGCCAACGUCGUCAAAUCGGCAAUCGAGGGCGAGCUCAGAAUCGUGGAGAUGGCACUGAAAACGAAUCCAAAGUCAUAUGGAGCGUGGUACCACAGGAAAUGGAUUCUCAAUCUCCAACGCUUGCCUGUUGAUUUCGAGCGUGAGUUCCGGCUUCUGGAUCUGCUGCUGAAGGCGGAUACAAGGAACUUUCAUGGAUGGAAUUACCACAGAUUUGUUGCUAAGUUGAAGAAUGUGCCAGAGGAGGAAGAGCUAGGGUUUACAAAGAAGAUGAUUGACUUUAAUUUCAGCAACUAUUCAGCUUGGCACAAUCGUAGUGCACUCUUGUCUCAUGUGCUAAAGAAAAAUGCUCUGGGAUUUUCCAAGGAGGAUAUUUUGACAGAGGAGUAUGACCUUGUACAUAAUGCCCUUUUCACUGACCAAACUGAUCAAAGUGGGUGGUUCUAUUAUCUAUGGCUGCUGGAUCAGACAGUUCGUACCAAUGACCCGCAGCUGGUCUCUUCAUGGCCUAUUGAUGGAUCAGAUUUUAUUUUAUCCACUGGUAGUAAGAUCCAUGAUUUCCAAGAGUUUCUCAUCACAAAAAAUGGUUAUAGAAUUUGGUUGCAUGGAGGAACAUUUCCUGUCAUUCUCUAUUUCGAUAGAGCUGUGAAAAAUAUAAGCCCAGCUAGUGUUCAUGUCAGUUCUUCAUUUGUAAAAAAUGAAGAUCUUACUUGGAGGCCACUAUCUGCUGAACAUUCAGAUGAAGCCUGUUGCUGGGUGGCCUUUCUUAAACUCCCUGAUGACAAUUCAAGCUCUCAUCUUGUAUCUGUCAGCCUUUGCAGGUCUGAUGAGAUUAUAGCAUCCAAUGGUUCUCAUUUCAAACAUCCAUCAGAGUUCACAUUUACUGUGACAUUAAGUUCAAAAGAAAUUAUAGAAGAAUCUGUUGAAGAAAGUUUUGUUUGGGACUAUGCUGAUCUAUGUAAACCACAAGAGGCUCCUUGUCCAAUGUUGUUCGAUAUGCUAAGAAUCAAUAAGAACCAUGAAGUGAAGGACAUAGUUUGGAAUUUACAAAUGUUAUCAAAUGAGAUGGAGCUUUUCAAAGAGUUCAAUGAAGAAGAUAGUAAAUUUGUGAAGAUAAUAUUAGCAAAACUCCUGGUUGCACAUAACAUAUUGAAUUCAGAUGGAUCUCUUAAAAGUUUAACAAAUCACACUGAAGAGGUUUUAUCAUUCUAUGAUGACUUGAUGAAGUUGGAUCCAUCACAUAAAAGAUACUAUGAAGAUGAAAAAAGUAUUGUUCUAAUGGAUCAGAUUACUUCUGAUGAUAAUUCUUUAUCGAAACACUGUUGGCAUUUUGAUAAACCAACUUCCUCAAGUUUCCAUCACCAAUCUUGCCUUCAGCUUAACAAACUCUCAUUAACACGGAUUGGCUCAGUUAAGAAUCUACUGUGGGUACAGAUGCUAGAUCUCAGAAAUAAUGAACUUCGGUCAGUUUCAGGUAUAGAAGCAUUACAGCUUCUUGUUUGCUUAAACCUAAGCAACAACCAGCUAAGCAGCUUUACAGCACUGGAGCCCCUGAAACUGAUUAGUUCCUUGAGGGUCCUGGAUGUCUCCUUCAACAUGAUCGGUUCGCAUGCAAUUGACACGACAAGGUACCUCUACUUAUCUCCGCUGUCUCAUACCUUGGAUCCAAAGCAACUCAUUGAAGAAUACGAGAAGAAAAAUACAAAUGUGCAAAGCUUCUGGGAGGCCAUUUUAUUUCUGAGAGCCAUGCAUUUGACACAGUUUGAUAUAAAGGGUAAUGCAGUUGUCAACCAGAAUUUUAGAGACAUGGCUAUUGAGUUGCUCCCGACUCUUAAAUGGCUCGAUGGGGAGCGAGUAAGGUGACUUUUAAAUCUGCCAAAAUUUCUUUUCUGAAACUUCAUUUCUUGUUGUGCUUUAUAUUCUUAGAGGUGUGAAACUUCAUUACAGUAGAACUUUGAUAUCGCUGAAUAUUUAGUGGCGGAAUGAAAACAAUGUUAGCUA